CCCCCUCCCUCGCUGCAAGGAGAGCUGCUGCAGCAAGUCAGGAAAACUCCAGUUGCAUGAAGAUUGAGCGCUUGCAGUUUGCAUCUUUGUUGCAAAACUCGCUCCAGACGAGAGGCAAGGCAAAGUCUUUUGUGCUUCCCCUCCCCCCAGCAAAGCAAAGGGGAAAAUGUCUCAGGCGAGAGGCAAGAAGAGAAACCCUGGGCUGAAAAUUCCUAAAGAAGCAUUUGAGCAACCACAGACAAGCUCCACGCCACCCAGAGAUCUAGACUCCAAAGCCUGUAUCUCUAUUGGUGAGGAGAACUUUGAGGUGAAAGCCGAUGACCUGGAGCCCAUCUCCGAGCUGGGACGAGGUGCGUACGGGGUGGUGGAGAAGAUGCGGCACAUGCCUAGCGGGCAGAUCAUGGCAGUGAAGCGGAUCCGAGCCACCGUGAACAGCCAGGAGCAGAAGAGGUUAUUAAUGGAUCUGGAUAUCUCCAUGAGGACGGUCGAUUGCCCCUUCACCGUCACCUUUUACGGGGCCCUUUUCCGAGAGGGAGACGUGUGGAUUUGCAUGGAGCUGAUGGAUACCUCACUGGACAAAUUCUACAAACACGUCAUUGACAAAGGCCUGACGAUUCCUGAGGACAUCUUAGGGAAAAUAGCCGUCUCUAUUGUAAAAGCACUAGAACAUCUACACAGUAAGCUCUCCGUGAUCCACAGAGAUGUAAAGCCCUCUAACGUGUUGAUCAAUACGCAGGGGCAGGUGAAAAUGUGCGAUUUUGGAAUUAGCGGUUACCUCGUUGACUCGGUUGCUAAAACUAUGGAUGCAGGAUGCAAACCCUACAUGGCUCCUGAAAGAAUUAACCCGGAGCUGAACCAGAAGGGAUACAGCGUCAAAUCUGAUAUCUGGAGCCUGGGGAUCACAAUGAUCGAGCUGGCCAUCCUGCGCUUUCCCUACGACUCCUGGGGGACGCCCUUCCAGCAGCUCAAGCAGGUGGUGGAGGAACCGUCGCCGCAGCUCCCGGCAGAGAAGUUCUCGGCGGAGUUUGUCGAUUUUACCUCGCAAUGCUUGAAGAAGAAUUCCAAAGAACGGCCAACAUACCCAGAGCUUAUGCAACAUCCUUUCUUCACCCUGCAUGAAUCCAAAGAGACAGACGUCGCCUCUUUUGUCAAACUCAUCCUGGGAGACUGAGAACUGGACUUGUAAAUGAAUUGCCCUUCUGUGGACUGGUGGGUGCAGGGGAGGGGCGCGUGGCAGGACUUGUCAUGAAAGCACCAACAGAAAGUCGCUGUGUUUUGUUUUGUUUUGUUUUUAUUCUGAGAAACCCCCGCCUCGCCGAAGUUUUUAAAAGGGUUCUUUGGUAUCCAUAGUGACAUAGAACGAGCUGGUUAGUGAAAUGAAUUUUAAUAAGGUUGGUAACCUUAAAACAAAAACAAAACAAAAAAAAUGUAAAAGAGUGAUUUACAUAUUUAAUGACAGUCGAAGUCCCUCUUCCUAACUUUCUCCUCAUUCCCCUUCCCUUCCCCCUGAACCAGAAUUUGCUUUGUCAUGGUAAUAGGUGCUAUGGUAGUCAUGAAGUUGUAUGUAGAUUUAUAUUUUGUCCCUUCCAUUAUUUUAAUAUUUAUGUUAAGUGCUUGAUGGAAUAGAUUUCUGUUUUAUAUGAGGAUGAAUGUGUGGUGACGAUGGUGAUGCUAAAUGAUGCCACAGCAAGCAAUAGUCAUAGGGCUUUGCUGGGGAAAAGGUGUCAAAGGAAAAGAGAAAGAAGAGAAGAAGCGUCUGUGUUGUGGAAAAUAUUUAAUGCUCAUCGUAAAAAGAAUUUAUAAACAAGGAUCUCAGCUCAGCUACUCGAGCUGCUUUCGCAGCGUGCGAGGCAGCAUCACUGUAAGGGAGGGAGGCCCCAGCGUCCCGUGAGGUCGCCUCUUCUCCGGACACCGCGCUCCGAGUCCGGCCGGCCCGUCCCGGCCAGCCUGCCACCUGCGGUGCACUGCCAGCCUCCUGCCUGCAGAAGGCUCCUGCCCUACGUCCCACCGACUUACUCUGCUAUAUCAGGCGGGUGAUGAGGUCUGGAGUGGGAAGACAUUGCUGGGGUAGUGUCUGGGACAAAAGCUCCAGAGGGAAAUAGAUUGUCAGAUAAGUUGCACAAAGAUCAGGAGGAGGCUGCAAUGGUCAGUCCCCCACCUGCCCGCAAGCCCAGCAGCAUUGCAGCGCCCAGGGCUCCCUUGGGCUGGGGAUGAGCUGCUUUGGGCCUAAAAGGGUGUUCCUCUCUCCUUCUCCAGAUGAGAAAGGAUAACAGUAUGCAUAGCACGACAUCUGUGAAAAAUGGGAUAUCUCAGCGCAAGUUUCCAGGGCUCUCGGCACUGCAUCGGCAGCAAUCUCUCUGUACUUGCCCACAGACUUUGGGAGUGCUAGCGAGCUCCCCUGGAGCCUGUGCCGGCGUGCGGUUUGGGCUGUGUCCAGCUCUGGUCGGGAUGCUGAAGGCAGCCAGGAGUACUGGGCUCCAGCGUGGGCCGCAGGUGUCCCCCACGAGAGCUGCAGCCUGGGAAACCGUGCAGGGAAACCACAGCCCACCCCUAUCAGGAGCUCAUUGCUGUUGGCCGGGUCCUCAGAGAAAAGCUGCUAGCCAAGGGCAGGAGCAUGGGGGCUGUCGGGGUGGGAAGGGAAGACGGCAGCUCACGCUGCUUUUAGGUAACGCGGUUACUGUCUAGAGAAAGGGGGGACCGUGCACUGCAAGGUGUUGCUGAGUCUGGAGCAAGGCCACUGGCUCCAGAUUGAUGCUGGUUUGACUGAGCCAAACCUGCAUAGCUGCCUCACUCGGCUAUGAGGUCCUUUGCCUUUGCCCGUGGCUCCUUCCCCCAGCCCUGCGAAGGAGAGUGCCUGUGCGUGCAGCUGCGCCGGGGCAUGCACACGUGCCUCGUGCCCCUCCACAUGCUUCCCUUCCCUAUCCAUUGCUUCGGCGCAGACUUUCAGAGUCAAAUCCCAACUUGCUCUGCAAUAUUUAAGUUGUGCAGGAUGUAAUUCAGCCUGGGAUCCAGCUCUUUCUCUCCCAGGUUAGUGGCUCCAGUCUCUGUUGGGGCAGGUUGGGCUUCUGGGCUAGUCUAGGCGUCUGUUUGGGAAGCGAUCCCUUGGAAGGGCUGAUGGGGAAGGUGAUAUUUAGAGCAGGGGUUCCCGAAUGGUGGUACCUCUUGUGCUAGGGACACGCCGACCACUUUGAAGAGGUGCACAUAGACACUGUCAGUGUCUGGGCUGCCACUGUCACUGCCACGGCCGUGGCUGGCAGUGCCUGCAGAGGUGGCUGUGAACCCUAAAAUAACUGCACCUCUGCCCUGGAGCCAGCAUCAAAGGAGAUAGGGGAGCAUUGCUCGUGGAGAUUUAUUGAUCCUUGUGCCCCUCAGCUGUAGAGCAGGGUGGCUUGAGGAGGGCUCACAGGAAUCGGGCUGCGGGGGUUUCCUUGCUGCAAAGAGCUCACGGGUCGUGCAGACUUUGGGGAAGAAGUUCCUCUUCCUCAGCUGUGUUUCACGAGCCUGCCCGGCCCUCGGUAACGAUAAGCCCCAUAUUCUGCUUUGUGUCGAGGGGAGCCUUUCAGGUUACAUUUUGUUGCGGAUGAAACACAAGGAUGUUUUACUUCGCAGUGUAAUUUUAAGAGGCCUCGCAUGGCUCAUAAUCUGCCCUCUCAUAUUCCAUGGUGUGUGUGUGUGUGUUUUCUCUCUCUCACUUUCUCAGAGUCGCAGAGCUGUUUUGAUUGAUUGUCCUCAGCUGCAGCUAAAAGUCCAGCCAGCCAGUUUAUAGAGUUGGUUCCAGCAUCAAUUCUCGCUUUGAAAAACAUGACAUUUAAAACCACCCUUUGGUUUUCCUACAUAUGGAUCUGAUGCUUUUGUUAAAGAUUGUUUUUGCCGCUUUUCUCCUGGAAUAUAAGUCUCAUUUGGACACCACAUCUCCUUGACCUCAGAGCACCUUUAUUUCAGUGCCAUUGUAAUUGACAGGUUGAAUUUAUGAGAUACUGUCAAAGUUCAGUAUUAAUAGCAGAUAUUAAUGUCACCAGCGUUUUCCAAUAGAAAAUUAAUGUCAGCGUUGUCUGCAGCUAGUAACCUUCUAAAAUGAUUCCUACAUGCCUCGACACUACAUGCUGAGUGCUUUCUUUUAUGCUUUUUGCUCUUGCAAUGCUUGGGCCAUCUAAUCCCUUUGUUUUAAUGACAUUACAAUAGAGCAUGCAACAAAUCACUUCCCUCCUGAUUCUCCAUGACUUUGUUCCUUUAAAAGUCAUUUGCGUCAGCCCAGAGUAAGUGUGAAUCCGUAUGACCAGUGUGAAUGAAAACAGUGAUCCAAGUGAUUGCCAGUGCGGAAGGUAGUUACGGCAGGAGAGAAAUGCAGAGGCUGUCUGUCUGUCUCUGCAUCCCUUGUGGCACGUAUGGACAUAAAGCUCGGCCUGACGCAGGAUUUUCUUAGAGAGAAGCCUGAGCUGGUGGCCUUGGCACAGGGAGGAGAGCCAGGGACUCCUGUGUGCUUAAAAGCUCUGAAAACAUCCUGGGCUACAAGAUGAAAGUCAGACUCUUUUCUCUUUCAUUUGAUUGUAACCUCUGUGAAGAUGUAAAGCCUUUGGUCAGUGCUCAGAACUUUGCUUGGCUAUAACAUGAGCACAGGGUUGCCUGGGACAGCCAUGGUCUCUGGGACAUUAAGGCUUUCCCAACAACCAAGCCCUCUGAACAGCCAAGGUAUUGAGGCUUAAAGCUGUUCUUCAAAAAGCUUUCCUGUUUUCAGACAGGACAGGACUGUGGGCAGCGUAUUGUCCUGAACUGGGAUUUUUCAACUGCAAAAGAUGCAGAUCUCAUGCCAUAAACCUGAAACAAACCAAAAACACACCAGGGAGCAGAGAGGAGAGAAAAGCUGCUCGGAGCUCAGCACUGAGCUGUGACCUGGACCAGCUGCAUGAAUUAAUUCCAGCACAGUUAGCCAUUUGCAAGGCAGGGAGGGCUUCUCCGCUCUGCCACAAGCAGUGGUUAUCGGGCUGCAUGAAAGAUGCACAGCUCAACCCUGUGGCAGGUGGUGGGGGACCACCGGGGCAGGACGUUCAUCCUCUUUUUUCCUCCACCAUACAGCUCUUGAUGUUCCUGCAACCUCCUGGAUGCUUGAGACCUUGCCAUUGCUACAGCUCUUGAAGUGUCACUGCCAGGAAGGCUAUUUUCUGGGUCCUGAAGGUCUCUUAAACCUGAAAGAGGAGUUGGAGGGCAUUUGCUGGUUACUGUUUCUGAAUGCCAGGUUCGUGCUGCUGCAGUGGGGGAAAUGCCCAUCUUUUCUGGAGUUUUUCCCGGUGUACAAAACUUUACACAGAUAUCUAUGUACUGUAUUUCUGCAUUUUUCCUGACUUUUGUUGGGUUUACUGGUGGGGAAGAAGGCAUUUCUGACUUGUUAAAGAGGUGGGAACACCAUUUCUGGAGGCAGCUGGCUUCCCCUGUGUGAUGGAGGAGGCAGUUGGUGGGUCAUUACUCAGAAAAAGCUCUAAAAAAAGAUACGCAGUUGAGCUCGCAGUUCUUCAGCAGGUGCAGAGGGAGGUGGCUGUGUGCCUGCUGGGCCAGUGCUACCUGCACCUUGUCUUGGUGGGAAGGGACUGCCAGGCCCUUCGCCCACGCAGCGGAGCAGUGCCUGGUGCUGAGGGCAGAGACACCGGCAUGCACAGUCUUAGCUGGGAUUUCUCCAUGCUUGCUGCAAGCUAAGUAUGUACCUGCACAUUUCCCUUCUUUCCUAGACAUUUUGGAAGAGGAAAUCCUGCUCGGUCAAUGCAGCAUUGCUUUAGUGGCUGGUCUGAUGUAGUUCAGACAAGGUUCCCACCAGCUCCCUUGUUUAAUAGACCUCUUUUUUAUUAAAAACAAAACCCAAACUCCUCUCUCCGAAAAGCCAGCCAAGAUUCUCUUUUUUUCUCUCUUCCAUCUUGUUCCUCUUAGAGGAACUCUGGGAGCCCGUCUUGGUGCUUUCACUCUUUCACAUGCCAAAGAUUGCUACAUCCCUCUUAGUUACGCUCCUGCCAAACCAGAUCUUAUAGUCUUGCCUCAAAAAUCAUCCACUUCCCUGCUCCUUGGGGUUCCUUUUGUUGCUGUUGCUUUUUCAUUGAAUUUCCUCAUGUUUAUUGACAUGUCUAUUGUUGAGCUUCCUGGACACAUGCAGCUCUCUUUUUCGGAUACAGAGAAAGACAAAUAGUUGCCUUCACUAGUGUGCUCCUGCUGUUGGGGAAAUACUGUUAGUGAUAUGAUUCCUACAGAUGGGGAUGGGUCUCAUUUAGAGCUAGGGUCAUGGAGGGUGUAAACUGGCAUUGCUCCAUUGGCUUGGCUGGAAUAAGGCCAGUUUUGUCCAGCUGAGAAUCUGUUCUUAAUGUCUAAACAGUUAUUACACACUAAUAAAGAUUAAUGAUUGUAAAUCCCCACGGAUUAUACAUAAAAUGGCAAGUUUUACUCAUUAAUCUUUAUUGCUAUAUUAUAGCUGUUUAUGUUAGAGGAGUCGUCUCUCUGUGUUCUGAACAUGCACUUAGGAGGUGGGGGUUGAGCAUGGGGGAGAUGAAGGGUGGACAAAACAGACCAGAUGUCCACGUGUUUUACAGUCUGUGUCCUCCCCCCAAGUUGGUUGUUUCCUUGAAAGCCAUUAACCAGCAGCAAAGGAUGUAUCACAGAGCUUUGUCUGCUUCGCUGGCCUCUGGCUGAGCUAUAAAAUCCAGAUUGUUUCUGGUGAGAAGGGAUCAGAUCUCCUAAUUAAUAUUUCAGCUCAGCCUUUACUGGAGCAGAUGGAUAAUAUGAAAUUUGACGUGCAUUCUAGCAGGCCAGAGCUCUGCAGUGCAGCGAGAUUCGCUCUCCCGGGCCGUGGCUCAAAUAGAUGCUUUCUGUGCAGUAGGCAGCUGUGUUGCAGGUUGAAAGGAUGCUGCUCCUUCACAUAACCCCACACCAUAAAAGCAGUUGAUUUUGUUAAUAAAGAGGGCCAGAAAAAGCUCAGCUGAAUCUCGGCUUUUAUGUGUUUGCAGAUGUGUAUAGACACAGAUAGGAGGUGGUGGUCCCCGUGGUCUGGACGCAAAGUUUCAUGUGCUGUAUAAACGAAGAGGACUCUAAAGAGAGUGUAGUAAACUGCAAGGGUGGUUUUAAUGGCAUAAGGACAAAAAGAGUCCUCUGAUAGGCAGCUGGUGUCAAUCCACUCUGCCAAGGAAGGUCUGGAGUUGAUGGGGAAGGCUGGAGCAGAAAGAGAGGGCGAAAGAGGCAGCCGCAGACUCAAUGGAGUACAUAGCCUGGUGAGAGCAGCCUGUCUCCCCUUUCUUUUGCCAUGUACUCCUUCAGGCCCGGAUUUGUAGGUAAUGGGUUUGCUCACAAGUCCCAGAUUGCCACUGCAUCCCCACAUCCAGCAAGAGAAACAAAAUCUAAAACCCAAAAGAAACCCACAGGGCAAAAUUGCGAGCUGAUGCUUGUUGCCUGCUGCGUGGCCUUGUGCAUUGCUGCUUCCCCUGCUGAGCUCGUCAGUGAGAUUCAGAGGUCUGACUUAAAUGAUGGAGAAAGCAUGGGAAAGGCCUCUGUAGCUGAGAAAGAAGAGGGUAAACAUUUUAAGGUGGUCUCUAACUAGCCUAAUGGUGGAAAUAUCUAAUUUACAGGCCACAGUGAUAAAUGAAUUCUUCAGGGGCCUGUGCAGCCGGCAGUGCCAUUCUACUGGGAACAAUUUUGGCUGCAUGACAUUUAUUACAUGGCCUCCUUUAGUGCACUCCUGGGUUGCUAGAAAGCUCUUUGCCUCCAUCGACACCUUACGUCUCAGUCACCUUUACGUUUUGUAUUUUACUGUCUGGGAUUUUACUAGCCGCCUUUUUUCUAGGCGGUUGGUCAGAGUGAAGGCAAGGGAAAGGGGCCUCCAACCAGCUCUCCGCAGAGUGCUUUGGGAGAGGAAGGAGCUGCCUGUCUGUUAUCCAGUGCCUGCUUAACGGCAAGCUGCAGCCAGAGGCUAGCUACCCUGCAGGUAUCCAGCCGAAGCGAGAGCUUCUCCUUUCGUGCUUCGCUGCCAUUGCAUUAAAAAUCCCUUUCUGGAAGUGGAGCAGCGCUGGUGUUGCAGCAGCCUCGGUCCAAGGCGGCUCGCCCUUGCCGGCAGCUGGGCUGCAGGACAGGCCGCGUUUCCUUCCUCGAAAGGCUCUUGGUUUUCUCUAAAUGAUGGGGCAAAAGUCCAGCAGCUGUGAGGUACCGCGAGGAUAAGCUGGGAAAAGCUUGGAAGCAUCUUAAAUGCUCUGGAAAUAGAGAUGGAAAUCUCAAAAGAUCAGAUGUCUUUCGGCAAUUUCCAAAGCUGUGUGGUUUUAGCCAGACCUGAAAACCCUUCCUAGAAGUUUAUUGCAGGGUAUUUUGAUAUGUUACUUUCGCUUUUAGGCCUAGCUAAAUCCAGGAAACUCACAAUAGUGUAAUUUUUAAAUAAAAGGUAAACACACCCCAAGUAUUACCGAACCAAUCAGGAAAGUUUCUGUUUGGUUUCUCUUACAGGAAUAAUUCAGGCCACCUCAGGGUUUAUCCUAAUUCUUUUUGAGAAAAUAAGAGAUCAGACCAUGGUCUUUCCAAAACUCUGUGACCCGUCACGCAAGCAUACACACCAAAUUGUGCCAGAAGGCAGAUGGAGAUCAGUGCUACAGUAAGAGGCGGCCAACGUCUGGUGGCUGGAAAGAGCAGUCUGGCAGCAAGCGUGCCCACUGCCGCCAAAAACAUAGGUAGAUACAGUUUCCCCAGGAGCUGUGUGAUGGAGGUAUCAGGGUCUGCCACGUCUCAUUUUUUUCCCUCUAGUAAAGAACAUUCAGCCAUCUCAGAGUGUCCUGGAACAAUAACUGAAAGCCUUUGGUAUUUCUCAGCCCAGUUGUAUGUUUUUUUUCAGCACGGAUACUGUGAAAAGUUAGGAAGGGCCAGGUGUCCUUGAUUUACGCAGCCAGAGUGAAGAGAUGUAGAUUAAGUGCCUCAUAAGAGCCAAAAAGGUGUGUUUAAAGAUAAAUUACAGUCUCUGUCAUAGCUGUUAAGUCAGGAUCAAAUUUUCACAUAUACAGGUGCAGCUGCAGAGCUCUCCGUCCACGUUUAGCCCAGAUUUAGUCAUGACUCUUGCAUAAAUAUCUUAUAAAUAUCUAAUAGCACGGACCGUACUGUUUGGUGGGCUUCUGGCAGACUGGGGCUCUACAGGCAGAAAAAAGCUUGGUUCAAAAUACAGUGUCGCCAAAACCAGGAUCUGACUCCAAACAUUUCCUAUAUAAUCUAUGUAUGAAGUGAAUUUCCAGAGCUCUGCCACCGUUUUGUUUCCUCCAUAAUUGUGAAUCGAGCGGCUUGUGCUUGGUGACAACUGUCACUGUGCCAGUGGGUCUGCUGGAAAUAGUCACAAUAUACAAAAUAGUAGGAAUUUUGCAUUUAUUUUUUAAUAGCAAUACAUUGGGGGGAAGCUGCUAAAUGUAGUUUCUUGCAAACUGGAAAUGUGUUGGAGUAAAACUUGUCAUUUCUCGUAGAAAAAAAUAACUGUCUAAAAAUGUCCAAAAUCUCCAAUUGAAGCAAUUACGGAUUUGUUGGCAAAGAUCCAUGUUUAGCAUGAAAAUAUAUGAAAUUUCUAGACUUUCUGUCUUAAGGCGUGAAAUCUGCUUUUUCUUGAGAUGGUGGUAAAUUUGUAACAAGGAUAUGUCUACAUACUUUCAGCUAGAAUCAAAUAAAAAAGAUAUGAGCACAAUGGAAAAGCAACCACUUCCCAGUGGUCUGCUGGUAUCGAAGAGGCACAGGCAAAGCACCUGUGUUUUGAACAUGUUAGAAAAGAGAAGGCUUUCCAACCUGCUGUAAUGCAAGUCCUUAUUUUACUUUAUUUUUAGGAUUUUUUUUUCACAGUAACAUCAUUUGUUUUACAACUGUGAAAGUCUCUGCUUUUCCUUACAUGUGGAAGGCUGAUUAUUCUUUCUCCUGUUCUUAUUAUUUAUUAUUUAUCCAUUUCUGGUACUAUCCAAAAUGUGCUGAAGGUAUCUCCCAGCCUGCCCUUGAGCCAUAUGGAACCACUGUAGUAUCUCCUAACAGCUGGGAUGGUGAAUGGCAGUAGAUGGCUAAUUAUGAUUUUAAAUUAUGUUUAUAGCAAUUUUAGAUUUUCUUUUGGUGACCUGGUUUGUUCUAGAAUUAGGGAUGGGGAUUAGGAAUCUUUUUUAAAAAAUCACAUUUUUCAAUUUUUCUUUAAACAUCUUGGAGGCUUCUGAAUAAACCUACUGUUUUGUUUUUGAUAGGAAAAGCAUCAGCUGGGUUGUAAUUGUUCCUUCAAGAGGGGAUUAACUAGCAUCAGGGUUCAGUUUAACUGGUAAAAAUGCUCUAUGUCACAACAUCAUUAACCAAAAGCGCACUGGCAUUCUGAGAAAACGAUAGUUUUCCACCUGAAAAAUAAAAUCUGGUUUGCGACGAACUUGGUUUGUCCAAGUCUCAUGCCAGGCUUUUCUGUAUCAAAUUUGCCUGGAGUUUUCCUUUAGCCCUCGAGCCAGUGAGACUUGGGGUUGCCAGGAUUGCUUUGAAGCAGGACUGAGGGCCACCCAGGCACCCUCUGGCCAAAUGUCUGCUCUGGGUAUGGAGGACACGAGUCCUACAGAAAUGAUGGAGCAACUAAGGAACAGCUGCUUCUUGCUCUGUAAGAGACGUUGAGGUGAAAUCCUGUAAGCGUGACCUGUGUGAGACAAGCAGGUUUAGGGGCGCAAAACCAUCAGCUUUUUGUUCUUUUUAUUCCCUUUCUCCUCUUUGCAAAGGUGCCUUGCUGCUCCACUGCUUCAGAAGCCUCCCCAGCCUUUCUGAUAAAGAAUGCUGUGGUGCAUCUGUUUUCAAACAGCUUGCAUUGGUUUUCUGGUUUGUUUUUUCUUCCCCCUAUGUAUAAGAAACGUUGGGUAGCAGAAUGUGGAAUUCAUUAGAAGUUCAUAAAGCAGGGACCUCAGAAGGAUGUGGGUAUAAAUGCUUUUCAGGCAUCUGAGGUGAACUUUAAAUGGAGCUUUGGCCCUCAUUUGCUUUCUGCUUUUCAAAAACCAUUUAUGAGAAAGUGGAGCUGUCAAAGCCAUGCAUGAACUUUGCCUUCUUGCAAAUAACUUGUCUCAAAGUAAAUUGUCAAAAUGCACCAGAAACUUGUCUCAAAGUAAAUCCAGUAGCUCUACAAAGCUGGAAAGGUAUGUGCAUUAGAGAGAGAGAGAGAGUGUGUGUGUGUGAGAGUGUGUGUGUGUGUGCACGUGUUGUGCAUGGGUGGGUGGAGUGAGUAAGUCUACCAUUUUGGAGAUUUAAAAAACACAAUGCAAGUGUUUUUAAAAAAGGCAAUGUAAAAUAUUUAUUUCUUGGCAAAAGUACAUCAGACCACAUCUCCCAUCCUUCUUUUAAUUGCUUCAUGUUUGUUUUUGUUGUCUAAGUCUUCGCUGGCCUGUUUCCUCUGCGGUGCUCAUUGCUACUUAGCAGCCCGUAACCUCACACAACCCCUCUCGCAGCGAGGGAGCGCAUGGCACAGGGGAGCUCGCAGGAGCACAGGCUCUGCGGCUCAUCAGGAAAAACAUUGGUGUUCUCAUCGAUGGGAGGAAUGGGAAAGGUAUAUUAGAUGGAAAGGCAGGACAAUGCAUGAGAGUUACUCAAUUUUUAGCCUUGGUGAGGUAACUCUCUCCUCAUGAGAAUCAAAACUGCCCACAGCCUAACGCAAGACCCCCACAUCAUAGCUUUGGGGGAGGGUGGAUUUGUCCAGAGAUAGCAUCCCUGCCUUGGCCAGUUCUUGGGAACACGGACUGGUGGUAUAUUUAAAAGAAAUUAGGUGCUGUCAUCUUUGUGAGAUGGCACCCAGGUUCUUGUCAGUGCUGGUUAAGGUCCCCUCAGGCUUUGCCCAGGGUUUGUAGCCACGCAGAGCCAGCUGCCAGGAGGCAGUGCCGCCCCGUGCCGUGAUGAACCAUCGCUCCGAGCUCCUAUUCCUGUCUGCAACCAGGCGAAAUUUCAUCAGUCAGAUAUUGCAAAGCUCACAGGGUUCUCCCUGCACUCCAGAGUACUUCGGUGGUUGCCUGGCUGCCCACCCGUAUGGCUUCACGUCUGCUCCAUCUGAAACACUUCUCUUAACCUGUGUUGUCUUCAUUCAUCUCAAAGCCGUUCCUCAUACCAUGAAGAUGAUAAAUAGUAGGAGACUGACAGUAGGACCAUGUGUGUAACAUUAGAUAGGUUUUUAUUUAAUGUUGUUGUUGUUUUCCUGAGAUGCUUUUAGGAUCUUUGUUGUACUGGAUUAAGGAUAUUGGUGGAACAAUUGAACUGGUAUUCUUUAACCCCGACUGCCCCAGAUCCUUUCCCUCCACGCUCUUCAUUUGAAAAAAAAUUAGAUUGGGAGAACAUAUUUAACUUGAAAAAAAAACCCAAACCUUGCUGAUGGAAUAAGUUAAUCUUCUUUACUACACUUCGAUUUUAUUUCUCAGGAUAUCCAAAGGUUUUUCACUGCUGCUGAGAGAAGGGGACAGUACACCUUUUUGAAACUUCAACCACUGUAACCGUUUUCCAGAUGUGUGUGUGUGCGCGCGCGCGUGUGUGUGUGUUAAACUCAGCACUGUGUGUGCGUGUGUUCUGCUGAAUAUUGUGUGCAUCUAUGAAAUGCUUCAAACAACUGCCUGGAAGUCAAAACCAACCACCUCUUUCCAGUCAUAUGUUUGCCGUGACUUUUCAUAACCACACUUGAACUAGUGGUCUUGGAUUAAAUAUUCAAAGAGCAGGGCAUCUUUAUAGCAAUGGUAUGUCAGUCAAAUUAAGAAAAAUGUACACAAAAAUAAAUAAAUGAAAUUUAAAAGUAA